AUGUUCGCUGCUCGCUCCGUCGUGCGCGCUGGCGCGGUCUMUUCACUGCGACCAGCAGCCACCGCUGCCUCGCCCGCUCUCCAGUCCGCCAACUAUGCCACCCUUCGCGAGAUUGAGGGCCGCCUCAAGUCGAUCAAGAACAUUGAGAAGAUCACCAAGACGAUGAAAAUCGUCGCUUCAACCAAGCUCACCAAGGCCCAGCGCGCCAUGGACUCUUCUCGCGCCUACGGUAGCACCUCCGACACGGUCUUCAAGGAGGCCGAAACGAAAGCGCUCGACGCCGAUGGCAAGAAGACGCUGCUCGUUGUGUGCAGCUCCGACAAGGGUCUCUGCGGUGGUAUCCACUCUGGCCUGUCCCGUGCCACCCGCCGCAUGUUCGACCAGGACGGCGCCAACUUCGACCUCGUGAUUGUGGGAGAGAAGGCCAAGGCACAGCUGGGCAGAAGCAACCCAAAGGACAUCCAGCUUUCAUUCGCUGGUGUCGGCAAGGACGUGCCCACGYUCGCAGAUGCUUCGGCCAUUGCCGACCAGAUCUCUCUCCUCCCCACCGAAUACGCCAGCAUCAAGAUCCUGUACAACAAGUUUGUCAACGCUCAGAGCUACGAGCCAACCAUUUUGGAGGCAUUCUCCGAAGAUGCCAUCAAGGAAUCACCAAACUACUCCAACUUCGAGAUUGAUGACGCUGUCCUCGGCAACCUCCGCGAGUACUCGUUGGCCAACUCCAUUUUCUGGGCGCUGGCUGAGGGCCACGCCUGUGAGAUUUCCGCUCGCCGCAACGCCAUGGACAAUGCUUCCAAGAACGCAGGCGACAUGAUCGACAAGUUUCAGAUUCUUUACAACCGAACAAGACAGGCUGUGAUUACUGGCGAGCUGGUCGAGAUUAUUACUGGUGCUGCUGCGUCUGAGCAGUAA